GCUUUGCAAGUAGGCCAACCCCAAGUCUCAGUCUUUAGCCGACGUUCAGAUUCAGACUGAAAGAAAACUCGCUUUCUUCUCUCCCAAGCGAGGCCUUCGCCGGAAGCUUUUCAACCCCUUCCUCCGCCACGAAGCGAAGCCCUCGCCGGUCCGUUUUACCCCUUCAAUUUCUCCAAUUUCCGCUAAAACGAACCCAGUUGAUCUUUGGGUCACUCCUGUUUCAGAGAAAUGUAUAGUAAUGUUGAAGCCCAGUCCGCAGCUCCAAAACCUCCAUCAAGCUCUCAGCCAAAUCCAUUUGGAAAUGCAUUUUAUGGUGCCGGAUCAGGACUAAUUCGAGGUGGACUGGGUGCAUACGGAGAGAAAAUCUUUGGAUCAAGCUCAGAGUAUGUUCAAAGCAAUAUAAGUAGGUACUUUUCUGAUCCUCAAUACUACUUCCAAGUGAACGACCAGUAUGUGAGGAAUAAAUUGAAGGUUGUCCUAUUUCCAUUUCUACACAGGGGCCACUGGACGAGAAUAACUGAUCCAAUUGGAGGACGACUGUCGUACAAGCCACCGAUUUAUGAUAUAAAUGCACCAGACUUGUACAUUCCAUUAAUGGCUUUUGGCACUUAUGUUGUUCUUGCAGGCUUCUCACUUGGUCUUCAAGGAAAGUUUACUCCAGAAGCUUUGAGUUGGUUGUUCAUCAAGGGAUUGCUAGGUUGGUUUAUGCAAGUCAUGCUGCUUAAAGUAACACUCUUGUCAUUGGGAAGUGGGGAGGCACCGUUACUUGAUAUCGUUGCAUAUGCAGGAUAUGCAUUUACCGGAUUGUGUCUGGCUGCCAUUGGAAGAAUAUCAAUGAAAUACUCUUACUAUUUUCUGAUGCCGUGGACGGCCUUAUGCAUGGGAAUAUUCUUGGUGAAAACGAUGAAGAGAGUACUAUUUGCAGAGGUGAGGAGCUAUGAUUCAAGCAGGCAUCACUAUCUCUUGCUCUUUAUUGCUUUGGCUCAGUUCCCACUUUUCACUUGGCUUGGAAAUGUUAGUGUCAAUUGGCUGAUAUAAGUGCAAUGUUUCUGUAUUUUUUAUUAGAAGCAUGUCCUUAGCCAUCUUUAGAUGUAAGCAAACUUUAUGAGAUAUCAACCAUUAACAGCUUUUUGUGCCUUCCUAGUUUUACCAUUGUAAAAUUUUUUGUACUGGUUUCUUCUACUAUUCCUUAGAGUUUCAGUAUUUCUUUUUUACCCCUGAAUAUUCAUGUGCUGGCCUGGCCCCAAAACUCAGGACAGGAGUAACAUGGAACUUUUUUUCAAUGUUUUCUUUCUUCAUUUUCUGUUGAUAUAAAGGGUUGGUUUGAAAUUAA